AGCGAAACGGGCCCGGGGCAGCUACGUGCUGCAGCGACUCGCAAACUUCGCCCACCUGACCCAGGGGACAAUCCGAAGAAACUGCCGCAAGAGAACAGUUUGUGAACGCACGUAGGUAUCUUUCCAUCGUGCGAAUUGCAAGGGCAGGCAGUCGUCUCCACCGGAUUUGCUUGCUCAUACGCGCUGCAAUGGGGUUCCGCCUGGCUGAGCUCUUGCGGCAAGAAAAACUCCUUUGUUGUAUAAUGAACCGUACUGAAACUGUAUCUCACAGAAGUUGGGCCCUUGAAAGCUGAAUGCGUGCAAGCAAGCGCGAGCAUUAAGGUUUCCACCCCGGGCUGCGGGGCCAGCUGCCCUGCGGACUAGACGACGACUAGGCACUAUAAAUGUUCGCUGCUUCCACACCAUUCCUGCUGGAUCAGCGACAGAGCUUCGAGGUCGCGCAGGCGGAGCGUGUCCUCGCCCGGGCACGUGCCUCACAAGGCGAUGGUGACGCCUCGCGCGGCUCGCACAACCACCGCCACCACCGCUACAGCCUCUCCCACGACCGCCCCCACCACCAUGCCCACUACUAUGCCCCGGAGCCGCCGCCGCCGCACCUAGGCGGGGCCGCCGCGCUGCCCCCCGCGGCCUCCGAGGAGGGCUCCGCCACCCCCUCCACCACCUCCGCCAGUGAGCCCGAGCGCCGCCCCCACACCCAUCGCCGGUCCCUCCAGCAACCGCAUCAACCGCAGCAGCAGCAAACGCAGCAGCAGCCGUACGGCUACAGCCACAGGCACACGCGCGAUCCGGGCCUGCUGUCGCUCGAGCCGUCCAGCUCCCUGGGGGGCUUGCACGGGCACGGGCAAGGGCACGGGCAGGGCGGCUCGCACGGGCACGGGGGGCAGGGGCAUGUGGACUCGGCGGCGGCGGCGGCGGCUGCUCAGCGGCUGCCGUCGCUCAAGUACACGGUGACCCAGGUGCCCCCGGCGCACGUGUGCAUGCUGCUGGGGUUCCAGCACUACCUGACCAUGCUGGGCUCCACGGUGGUCAUCCCCGCACUGCUGGUGCCGGCCAUGGGGGGAGGGCCCGAGGACCAAGCGCGUGUGGUGCAGACCAUCUUCUUUGUGAGCGGAAUCAACACGCUCCUGCAGACCACCAUAGGCGACCGACUGCCCAUCAUCCAGGGCGGCUCGUUCUCCUUCCUUCGCCCGGCCUUCAGCAUCAUCGCCAUCAUCAAGGCCACAAACACCUUCGAGACCGAGCACGACAGAUUCGUGUACACGAUGCGCGAGCUGCAGGGCAGCAUCAUGGGCAGCGGGCUGCUGGUGAUGGCGGUGGGCUACAGUGGAGCCAUGGGGGCGCUGCUGAGGUUCGUGUCGCCAGUGGUGGUGGCGCCCACCGUGUGCAUGGUGGGGUUGUCGCUGUACGCUGUGGGGUUCGCGGGUGUGGCGGACUGCCUGGAGCAGGGCCUCAUGGCCAUUGUGGCGGUCAUACUGUUCAGCCAGGUGUUGAAGCGGGUGGAGCUGCCGCUGCCACGUGGCAGCAGCAGCAGCAGUGGCGGCGGCGGCGCCUCGGGGCGGCCGGGGGUGCGCAUCUUCGAGCUCUUCCCCCUGCUGUGGAGCAUCGUGGUGUGCUGGGCCGUUGCAGCCAUCCUGACCACCUCGGGCGCCUACGACCACACCACGGGUCGGCGCCAGGCGGUGUGCCGCACCGACCACUUGGAGGCGCUGGCGGCGGCGCCAUGGCUGUACCUGCCCUACCCACUGCAGUGGGGCCCGCCCAUCUUCCACGCCGCCUCCAUCCUGACCAUGGCGGCGGGCGCACUGGCGGCAAUGAUUGAGAGCACGGGCGACUACUACGCCUGUGCGCGCAUGUGCGGCGCCCCCGUGCCGCCGCCCUACGUGAUCAGCCGCGGCAUAGGCGCCGAGGGUCUGGGCUGCUUCAUGUGCGGCCUGUUCGGCACCGGCAACGGCACCACCUCAUACGCGGAGAACAUCGGGGCCAUCGGCCUGACGGGUGUGGGCAGCCGGCGUGUUGUUCAGGCGGGUGCUGGCAUCAUGCUGCUGCUGGCGGUGCUGGGCAAGUUCGGCGCGCUGUUUGCCUCGCUGCCGGGGGCCGUGGUGGCGGGGCUGUUCUGCUGCGUGUUCGGACUCAUCGCCGCGGUGGGCCUGUCCAACCUGCAGUUCACGGACCAGAACAGCAGCCGCAACCUCAUGAUCGUGGGCUUUGCAAUCUACAUGGCCCUGUCCGUGCCCCACUUCUUUGACACCUACACCGCCGCACACGACGGCCAGGGCCCCAUCAACACAUCCAACACACACUUCAACGACAUCGUCAACACGCUGUUCAGCACGCCCAUGUGUGUGGCGCUGCUGGUGGCCUUCGUGAUGGACAACGCCAUAGAGGGCAGCCCCGAGGAGCGGGGGCUCACACACUGGGCAGACAUGGCCGCCGCGGGCGCCGCCGCCGACCGCAGGGCCCGCCGCGCCGCCCUGCGCCAGCAGCGCCGCCAGCAGCGCCGCAGGCGGCAGGCGGAGGUGGAGGCGGCGGCGGGCAUGCUGGCAGGCGGCGAGAAGUCCGAUGCUGCCGCCGCCGCCGCCGCCGCCGCCGCCCCUGGCUCCACUGUGCUCACGAUCACGGAGGAAGGCAAGACGGCUACAGCCUCAGCAGAAGCAGCAGCAGAAGCAGCGGCUGUAGCAGGCGCUGCAACGGACAGGUCGCAGCUACUGCCGGCCGGGUCCACGUCGUCCGCACCCACGGCGGCGGCAGCGCUGGGCCGCCCGCGCCGCCCGCACCACCACCAGCACCACCACAGCCGGAUAGACGAGGAGCAGGAGUACUCGCCCGCGUCCCGCGCCGACAAGGCGGCGGCGGUGGCGGGCAGUGGCGGCGGCGGCGCCGCCGCCGCCCGGGAGCAGGUGGCGGCGGAUUCGUCGAGUGAUAGCGGCGGCGACGACGAGGAGCGUGGGCUGCUGCGGUGCCUGUACAAUUCGGAUUCGGAUUCCGAGUACUCGGAUUCGGAUCUGGAUCCGGCGCGCGAUCCGCGCAACGACCCGCGCAUCAAGGCCGUGUACGACCUGCCGUACGUACUGCAGGUGAUCAACGACCGCUGCAUCCUGCCGUACCGGCGGGCGGCGUACCUAGCGGCGCGGCGCGGCUGGCGGGCGGCGGGCCGCGCGUCCCGGCGGCUCGUGCGGCGACUGCUGGGCAUGUGCGGGCUGGGCGGGCGCUGGACCCACCGGCAGCUACACACCAGCAGCGGCGACGAUCACCCGCAACAGCACCAGCACGGCUACAGCCACGGCCAAGGCUACAGCCACUGCCACAGCUACAGCUACAGCUACCAUGACGGUCACGACGGGCACCACAGCCGGCGCCACAGCCACCAGGGGCGGCGGCGGCACUCGGCGGCGGCAGCGGCGGCCGGCCUCAGCGGUGACUCGGACCUCGACGUCAAUGCGCCCGCCGGCGCUGCACCCACCAUCACCACCACCACUGGCGCCAGCACUGGCGCCUUCGGCUCCGCAGCCGCGGCCGCAGCGGCGUCGCCCGCGGCGGCGGCAGUGGCUGGCGGCAGCGCCACCUCAGCCGCAGCAGGGCCGCAGCAGCAGGAGCAGCAGCAGCAGAUGCAGCUGCCGCACGCCGUGGCCGUGGUGGUGGACGAGGAGACGGGGCUGGUGCUGCCAGGCGGCGGAUCGCGGUCGAGUCCUCGCACAGCCGCCACCGCCACCGCAUCCGUGCCUGCGCCUGCGCAUGCGCCUGCUACUGCUACUGCUACUGCCGGGCCUGCGGCGGGUGGGGCGGCGCCGGCAGUAGCAGGGGGGAGCCGCCAGUUGUCUGGUGAGGGCGUGUAACCGCCACGGGCUGCUGGCAGCCAUUAGCGGGCACGCCGGUCAGUCCCGGCCCGUCAAUGCCUGUCGAACGCCGGGCCUGCUGCACGGGUGCAAGGGUACGGUUUGGGCUGGGUCGGUUUGUGGUGCGGGCGGCACGGCAGGCACGGUAGGCCAACGUUGAUGUCGCGGUUGUUCCAUGUCCGAGUCAGCUCAUAGUCGUCGUAGGCUCGGAAGAGAUUGUGCCGGGAAGGGGUUAGGGCAGGGGCAGGCGGCGGGGCAAUGACGCACACAAGUGGGUUUCCGGCGGAGGGGUCAACUGCGCGCGUGUUAAUGGAGGUAGAGACGGACAUGUUCGGGUUGGAGACAGGGUAUAUCUGCAGGUCGGACCUGUUCAUGUCCGUUGCACUGGCUGGCAGCACUGCUGGCGCUGGAGAGGGGCCUGCAGGGAGCAUUCUGGGUGCAAUGGCCUGCAGUAGGACUGUAGGAGCACUGCCGAAGGUUUACACUUUCUCGAUCGGUUCGUGUAUUCGUUGCGGUUGUUGAUGUGUACGACAUGACUUGUACACUAGUACACGGGUACGGCCACGUGUCCUACAUCCAGUGACUGCUACGGGGGCGUGCUGACAAGUGCGACGAUCGCAGAGCGCGGCCGAGGAGAGGGGCUGAAGGCGUUGGUUCGCAGACGAGGCGUAGCCGCGUAGCUGAGAUAGUCAGUGAUGGCGACCAGCGCGAACAGGGGAGCGCGAACACGUCUUCGAUAGCGUGCCAGUGCUGUGACUGCGUGGUGCUGCUUUGGUGGGCCUGGCCACAGGACAGCGGAUGUGGGAAUGCCUGCAGCCAGCGCUGCCAUGUAACUCGCACGCAAC